GCCGCCAAGACUUGCAGCGCUUUUUCGCGGUAAAAUGAUCUGAGGCUGAACCCGUUGGUUCCGUUUGAUCAUAACUUCCACUUUUCUGUUUUACUGCUGUAUUUGGAGGAGAAACACGGGCCUUCGGUGUUGUUAUGCAGUAAGACGGAAGCUAACGUUAGCCCGUAGCUCCUGACGUUUGGCGUCUUCCUCACGGACUUUAUCUACUACACUGAGGAUACAGGACCAUGGCAGCUGUGACCCCGGAAAGUUUAUUAUCGGAGCUGGAGAUGUUCGGUGUGUCCUGUGAAGAUGACUCGGUCCUCGACAAGAUGGUGGAGCAGUGCAUUUGUAACAGGAUCCAGGCAGCUGGCAUGGUGUUGGAGUGGGUGGCCUACAGUAGUACAAAAGACGGAUUAAAACUCUCCAUGGACACCCUGGAGCAGUUUGAACAUGAGGUUUUAAACAAGAAGAAUAAAUCAAGGCCAGUGUUUAGAAAAGAAGAUAAUCACAACAGAACGAGAAACAUUCACGAUUUGCAUGAGUUAGUUAAAGCUGAGGAAGAGGAGGAGAUUCUGCUGGAUUCCUACUCUACUCCUGCAAAGGGCUCUCAGAAACGAGCACUGACCACACCAGAACACCCUCAGUCCAAGAGGAGUGCUGCUCUGAAGGCCAGCCCUGGCCUCCUGCUGUCUCCUGCCAGCUUCUCUCCCAGUGUAACUCCAUCACAAAAGUACAGUCAGCGAGCAGCGAAAGGGGAGGUGGUGGCUUCAUUCGGCGCCGUACAGGGCACCCGCUGGGUCGGCAGGAGGACUCCAGGCGUAGGCGUCCUGGUGAAGCUGCUGGAGGAGCCUGAAGACUCCCUCCGCUGCAGCUACAAGUACAUGUUCCAGAGGCUUCGUGAUGUUCGAAACGUGUUGACAGAAAAGAUUGAAGAGCUUGGUGAGAGCCUCAGGUCUCAUUUCAGUAUCGAAGAGUUCUCUCCUGUUUCCCUGCCGGCUCAGGACAGUAUAACGGUGCUGGGCCAGGUGUGCUGUGACAGUAAUGGAAAGCUGAACGCACAGUCGGUUCUGUUGGAGGCGGGACCAGAGCAAGGCGGUCAGCAAGUUCCUGUUGACCUGUCAGAGCUCAAGGAGUACUCCCUGUUCCCUGGGCAGGUGGUAGUGAUCCAAGGGAUGAACACAACUGGAAGAAAACUGGUGGCGUCCAAACUUUAUGAGGGAGUUCCUCUUCCCUUCUACAAUCCUAUGGUUAAAAUGGAGAUGGAUGAAGAGCCAGUCAAUGUUCUCGUGGCCUGUGGACCGUUCACUCCUUGUGACAGUCUGAGCUUUGAACCUCUGCUGGACUUGAUUAGUAUCAUUGCCAGGGACCGUCCUGAUGUCUGUGUGCUGCUUGGACCAUUUGUGGAUUCCAAACAUGAGCAAAUUGAGAAAGGUCAGGUUACUGAGACGUUUGAUGCCAUUUUUUCAAGAUGUAUUGAAAGUAUAUUAAAUGGCACCAAAAGUGUUGGCUGUCACCUAGUGUUUGUUCCCUCCCAGAGAGACAUCCAUCAUCACUUCAUCUACCCACAGCCUCCAUUCACUCUGCCAAACCUCAGCAAGGAUCAGGCCCAGCGUAUCACACUGGUCCCCGACCCCUGCACCCUCCUCAUUGAUGGUGUGACCUUUGGCUUGACAUCAACUGACAUCUUCUUCCACAUGGGUGCAGAAGAGAUCAGCAGUGGAACUGGAUCAGAGCGAUUUUCACGUAUACUGAAACACAUACUCACCCAGAGGAGUUACUACCCACUGUACCCCCCAGUGGAGGACGUUAACAUGGAUUAUGAAAAGUUCCAGAGCUUUGGUCAGAUGCCACUCACUCCUGAUGUGCUUAUCAUUCCUUCUGAGCUUCGCUACUUUAUAAAGGAUGUGGUCGGCUGUGUCUGUGUCAAUCCUGGUCGUCUUACCAAGGGUCAGGUGGGUGGGACGUACGGGAGGCUGCUCAUUCAGCGCAGCGCUGCAUCAGACGACGGGAAGAGAGUGACCCCCUGUUUGACUGCUCAAGUGGUGAAAAUAUGAGAAAAAGACUUUCUAAAUUGACUUGAAUUGACCCGGACCGGUUUCGCAGCAGCUUCAAUGGCUUCUGUACAAUGUAUAAAAACUGUAUUCGUUCUUAUUUUAUAUGACGUGUAGGGGUGGACUAUGCUCUGAUUGGUGGUGUCUGUAACUAUGGUUGAUUAGGAGUCGCUCAAAAACGGCAUCAAUAAUAUUUCCAAUAAAUUAUUGUCACCCUUUCUAUUA